AUGGCGACCAAUGAUGAUCUUGAUGAUUUCUUUAAAAAAAAAGAUCGAAAGGGUAAACAUAAAAAACAAGCCGGUUUAUUAACUAAUAAUCAAGAAUUACUUAAACAAUUAGAAAUUGUUACAUCUGCAACAUCAGCAUUUAAAGAAAAUAUGGAUUUUGAUGAUGAUGAUGAACCACAAAUCAAUGAUGAAUCAAUUUUAGGAACAGGUGUUACUGAAGAAGCUCGUAAACAUCCAAUAAAACAUAAUAAAAUAAAAAAUCCUGAUAAUAAUAAAUCUAUUAAUGAACCAGAUACAAUUAUUUCUAAUGAAGGACAACAACCACCACAACAACAACAACAACAAUCACAACAACAACAAGAUGAAUGGGAAGAUUUUGAAGGUUCAAAUUCUAAAUAUGAACAAUUACGUUUAAAAUUUUCACGUAUAAAUAAUGAUAAUGAUUAUGAUGAUGAAUUUUAUGAUGAUGAAAAUAAUCCAAAUAAUAAUGAUAAUAAUAAUGAUAUGAGUGGUGAUCGUCAACAACAAAAAGAUAAACCUGUUUGGAAAAUAGAUCAAAUGAAACAAGAAAAAGAAAUAAAUAUUCCUGUUGUUGAAGAGAAAACUGCAGAACAACCACCUCCACCAAAACCAUCAACAACAUCAACUGGUGCUUAUCGACCACCAGCAUUACGUGGUGGAUCAACAGUUACUGUUGUUAGUGGUGUUAGUCAACGACCAACAAAAAAGAAAGAACCUAAUUUAGCUUCAACUGAUGAAUUUCCAACACUUGGAUCAACUGUUAAUAAAAAAUAA